GUUCUGUCCAUUUGCCACUUGUCACUGAAAAAUAUCAUUUUAUCUGUUUCCUAUUAUAUUUAUAACUCUUUUCUCUCUUCUCUGAGUUAUUUGCCUGAUUUCAAUCCAAAUUAAGGAGACACUAAAAAAGUGUGAUACAUGGCUGCAACAAAUGCUUCAAUCUUUGCUUCUUCAACACAACCUUGCUUCUCUGUCACAACCUCUCCUCGUACUCAUCAUAGCAUAACAAACACGUUUGGGAGUAAUUUUCUGAGUGUUUCAUUACCAAGAUGUUACCUUAUGAAAGAAAGAAAUGUGAAAGUUAGGCGUGUAAUCAAUGCUGCUGCUGCUGUUGCAACAAAUCCCACUGAUGAGGAAAUUCAAGAGUACAAACUUCCUUCAUGGGCUAUGUUUGAACUUGGUAGGGCUUCUGUUUUCUGGAAAACCACAAAUGGUCUCCCUCCUACUUCAGGUGAAAAGCUUAAACUUUUCUAUAAUCCAGCUGCAUCUCAACUUGUACCUAAUGAAGAAUUUGGAGUUGCUUUUAAUGGAGGUUUUAAUCAACCAAUUAUGUGUGGUGGUGAGCCAAGAGCUAUGCUGAGAAAAGAUAGAGGCAAAGCUGAUUCCCCAAUAUAUUCCAUUCAAAUAUGUGUUCCUAAACAUGCUUUAAACUUGAUCUUCUCAUUCACAAAUGGAGAAGAUUGGGAUGGGCCAUAUAGACUGCAGUUUCAAGUUCCUAAGGCUUUACAGAACAAGCCAAUUGAAUUCUUUAAUGAGGGCUUGGCAGGGGAACUAAGUAAAGAAGGAGCAUGUGAGCAAGCAAUAUUUCCAGAUUCAACCACAGUUAUAGCUAGAUGUGCUAUGGUUGGUAAUUUGUCAAAAGAAGGGGGUGAUCGGUGCGAUCUAAAUCUUGUCCCGGGGUGCAUAGAUCCUAACUCUCCCUUCUAUGAUCCACUAGCCAAUGUUGAUGAUGGAUCAUGUCCAAUUGAUGUGGAUUCUGAGUCUGAGGAUUAACAUUACACUUUUACAUGAAUAUAUUCAUUCAAGCAAGCAUGUUGUUGUAACUUGUUAGUACAUAAAUAAGAUGUAUAAUAUAAAAUGUAAAUUUCACACUUAGCCAUCAUACAUCUACUGAUAUACAAAACAUUUACACGUUUCUAAAAA